ACUGACAUUUUCUCCUUAGGGAUAAAUAAACAAAAAAAUACCUGCUCUGUGCAUCUUCCUCCUGUGAAGAGGAGUGGUGGUGGGGAGAGACGUAUAUAAUGGUCUCGAGCACAGGGGGAGAGAAACAACAACUUAUCGUUCAGAGCAACCAAUUACAAUGUAUUUCUCAGCUCUUCUUGUCACACUCUUAGCUGCCGUAGCAGUCCGCGCAUUUCCAACUGGAGUGCCCCCGUCAGUAUGUGAAUCCAUGAUGCCCGGCCAUGGGGUACCACCGCAAACCAGCCCAUCUCCCUAUGAUAUUAUUAUUGAAAAAACUAAUCUCCAAAGAGGUCAAUCUACGAAGAUUACAAUCAAAGGUCAAAAAGAUGCCACCUUCAGAGGCAUCUUCGUUCAAGCCAGAGGGGAUAAAGACACACCAAUAGGAAGGUUCACUGUGUCUGACAAUGACGGAAAACUCCUCGAUUGUGGUGAAGGAGAAGAAAAUGCUGUUUCCCAUAUAAAUGCCAGUGAUAAAAAAGAGAUAACUGUUGUUUGGACUGCACCAAAGGAUUAUAAAGGAGAAGUUAUCAUCUAUCUUACUACUGUUAAAGUUUUUGAUAUAUUCUGGGUUAAACAAAAAUCUGCACCUAUAACUAUCUCCUGAAGAAAUGUGUUCUAGUGGUGGCUAUUAUCAACAAAAUGGUCGAAGAAUAAAUCAUUUAUGUCUGCUUGUUAUGAUAUUGCUGAAAUAUAUUUUUAAUUUUUU